AUGUUACAGCAACCAAUCAAGUUAGCCGUUGUGCUUAGUAGCUUGCUAGCGAUCACCUUAGCUCAGCAACAACAUCAACAACACCAGCAACAACAGUCAGCAUCGAGUGACAACAAGCAGGUGCGUUUGGAAGACAUCGAACGCGACACCCUGACCAACGCACAACAACGACAGAACCAGCAACAACAGCAGUCCUCACAACAACAGCCCACCCAGCAGUAUGGGACACUAGCUCAACAACAGAUUGCAGCCUACCAGCAACAGCAGUAUUUGCUGCAACAGCUGCAACAACAGCAGCCAUACUUCCCUCAGGCAUUGGGAGCCUACCCGAAUCCCUACUCUGCACUGCCACUCAUGAUUCUGCCAGGUAACCAACUAGGAGUGGGUCCCGUGGGACCUGUGGGACAUGCUCCCGCUCUUCCCCUCCAGUACUUCCUGCCUGACGCUUCAUUCCUGUAUCAGCAGCCUGCUCCAGCUGGUGCCAACCCUGCCGCUGCCUUCACCAACCCUCUGCUCGCGUCGUCACCUAUCUAUCAGGUGAGUCUUGUGUUAUAUCAUCUAUAG